UGACAUUCCACAGUAUCCUGGAGACAGAGGCGGGUAGCAGAGGGGCCUUCAGGAGGAGGUCCUCCUCUCCCUCCUUCAGCGGGAGGGAGCAUGGCAGCAAGUAGAGGAAUGCUGGCGCUCUUGGCCCUGCUGCUGUACUGCUGGCAGGAAGCUGAGCUCCAGCCCUUCAGAGUGUUGACAGGUCCAAUUACUGAAAUUCCAUCAAGUUCAAAAACUCAGGAGGAGGUACAUGGAGUGUUGGAUGAAAUUCUAGUCCAAGAGAUGCUGGAUCACAGUAAAUCAUCAGCGUCUACAACACAAGUGACCGAAGCAACGUUAUCAACAAGAUUAUUCAAGGAAAAAGGUUGUACUCAUGGAGUUCUGGGAAGACUGAAGGAGGUAAAGAAGAAAUCAAAUAAAAAUCAAAAUGAAAAACUAUCAGUUCUGGGCAAAACCCUUCAAACUGUGGGAAGAUCUUCAGGACAUUCUUUCCAGUAAAUGGAAGAGGAGGAGCAUGGCUCAGAAGAGGCGCAGAGCGGUCAGCACGGCCGCCAGCUCCGAGGGGCUCCCUACAGCAGGAAACCCACCCACCCACCCCACCCUCAGGAAUAAAGGACUUAUGUAGACACACAGGUAU